CAUCAACGCCAUCUAACUUGUACCUACAACUGCACGCCUUCAGCCUCCAUUGUGGAGACCAGUCAGAGCCCAGUGAGCCCUAGAAGCCAGCAUUGGAUUGGCAGAUCCCUCAUCCUAAACUCCGUCUCUCCAGAAAUCCGUCUGCCUACGACAACUCAAUCCUACUGCGCACGCGUCCUAAACCCCAUUAUUAUGUCAGUAUCCGUUUGACGGGCAACACAAGGUUCUAGGUCCAGGUUCCACCACCCGCCGCUCAAGCCACUCAGUCACAUUCAACCGUGCCACCUGCGCCUCGACAUUUCUUCUUGAAAUCGUCACCCUGGCGUUCUUUGUAGCACCACCCCCAGACUCGGUGUCGAGGAGGAAGUCCAACAGAGCAGGUGCUGUCUACGACGGCUUUGGCAAAACUUCUGCUGUUGAUGAUUACAACCCUCAAUCUCCCACCAAAUCCUCCAAAAUGUCCUAUCCAGGUCUCGCCGGCACCGGCACCGGCCGCAAUGUCGACAUGAGCAAGUCCGAGUCUGAACUGGCCAUUAACAUUCGCAAGGCCACCUCGAUCGAAGAGACUGCCCCAAAACGUAAACAUGUUCGAAGCUGCAUCGUCUACACCUGGGACCACAAGUCGUCCAUGUCCUUUUGGGCGGGCAUGAAGGUUCAGCCGAUACAAGCUGACGAGGUUCAGACCUUCAAAGCACUCAUCACCAUACACAAAGUCCUCCAGGAAGGUCACCCCGUCACUGUAAGAGAAGCACAACAAAAUGUCAAUUGGGUCGAGUCUCUGGCUAGAGGCAUGACCGGAGAAGGGCUCAGAGGCUAUGGCCCCAUCAUCCGAGAAUAUGUCUUUUUCCUUCUGGCCAAGUUGGCUUUCCACCGUCAGCAUGUCGAGUUUAAUGGUCUCUUCGAGUAUGAGGAAUACAUCAGCUUGAAAUCCAUCAACGAUCCCAAUGAGGGGUACGAGACCAUCUCCGACCUCAUGACUCUGCAGGAUCAGAUUGACACCUUCCAAAAGUUGAUCUUUUCGCAUUUCCGUGGCGGCGCCAACAAUGAAUGUAGAAUCGCUGCUUUGGUGCCUUUGGUUCAAGAGAGCUAUGGCAUUUACAAGUUCAUCACCAGCAUGCUGCGAGCCAUGCACACAACUACUGGAGACGACGAGGCCCUCGAACCUCUGCGAUCUCGCUAUGACGGUCAACAUUACCGGCUUGUCAAAUUCUACUACGAAUGUUCUAACCUUCGAUACCUGACCUCCCUCAUCACCGUUCCUAAACUUCCUCAAGACGCACCCAACCUCCUCGCCGAAGAUGAAGAGAAACCGGCUCUUCCCAAAAGACCUGCUCGAGAAAUCGAACAAGCACCUUCUCCUAUCGCAAAGAACGACACCCCCGAUGCCGGUCCUCGAGACAUGGACGACUUCUGGUCCAAGGAAGCUCAGCGACAACAAGCUGAAUAUGAAAAUGAACAGAAGCGGCUGCAACAACAAUGGGAAGAUCAACAGCGACAACAAAUGAUUGCCCAGCAAGAAGCUCAACGGCAGUUUGAAGACCAGCAGAGAAUGCAGGUCGAACAACAACGUCUAGCGCAGGAACAGCUCAUGCGUGAGCAAUAUGCUGCCCAGACUCAAGGCCGAAUGGCCGAAUUGGAGAGAGAGAAUCUCAAUGCAAGAGCUCAAUAUGAAAGAGAUCAAUUGAUGCUUCAACAGUACGAUCAACGUAUGAAGAAUCUCGAAGAACAGUUGCAACAGCUCAACAACAACUAUCAACUACAGGCACAAUCCAAGGAUGAUCAGAUUUCGUCUUUGCAAGAGCAAGUCAACACCUGGCGUUCGAAGUAUGAAGCGCUGGCCAAGCUAUACUCGCAGCUUCGACAAGAGCAUCUCGACCUGUUGCAGACGACAAAAUCAUUGAAAUUGAAAGCCGCGUCUGCUCAAGAGGCCAUCGACCGUCGAGAACGUCUGGAGCGGGAGAUGAAGACCAAGAAUCUCGAGUUGGCCGACAUGAUCCGAGAACGCGAUCGUGCUUUGCAUGAAAAGGAUCGAAGUGUUGGUGGCCAUCGCGAAGAACUGGACAAGCUGAAGCGAGAGUUGAGAUUUGCCAUUGAACGAGCCGAAAAUGCCGAAAAGGCAAAAGGUUCCGAGUUGUCGUCGAUGUUGGCCAAGUACAAUCGUGAAAUGGCGGAUCUCGAAGAGACGGUUCGCAGCAAGACGAGACAACUUGACGAUAUCCGAUCCAAACAUGGAGAGAGAAAUCUGGACCAUGAAGCUGUCCUACGCGAAAAGGACGAUGAAAUUGAGAUUUACAAGUCGGGCAUGGAGCAGGCUCUCGAAGAACUUGAAGAGCUUAAGCUGGGUGGUGGUGAGGCUGACGGUGCCUUGGAUGGUGCAAUUGACGAGGUGAUUAAAAGCAAUGUCACCAAAAUCAACGACAUCAUUGAUUCCGUUCUUCAAAGUGGAGUCCAGCGAGUCGACGACGCUAUCUACGAACUCGAUUCUCCCAUGCAAGCUGGUAACCAGAAUGCCACGGCUCCAUAUGUGCUUUCACAAAUCGAAAAGGCAUCUGCCAGUGCUACCGAGUUUUCAACAGCAUUCAACAACUUUAUCGCAGAUGGACCUAAUAGUCCUCACGCAGAUAUCAUCAAGUCAGUGUCGAUAUUCGCAGCAUCCAUCGCAGAUGUGUUGUCCAACGCAAAAGGUUUGACACGGUUUGCAACAGAAGAAAAGAAAGGCGACCAAUUGACCGACUCAGCCCGACAAGCUGCUUUAUCCACCAUCAGCUUCUUCCGUGGUCUUCAAUCCUUCCGACUCGAAGGAUUGGAACCGAUGCAGAAGUCAGAUGUGGUCAUCAACAAUAACCAUGAAGUGUUGAUGAAACUCCAACGCUUAUCCAAAUUAGCCGACGCUUUCGCACCCAAGGGUAGCAAGAUCAGCACCUCGGGCGAUUUAGGCGACCUGGUCGAUUCCGAAUUAACCAAAGCCGCCAAAGCCAUCGAAGCCGCGGCGCAACGCCUCGCCAAAUUAAAGAACAAACCUCGCGACGGCUACACCACAUACGAACUCAAAGUCAACGACUCCAUCCUCGAAGCCGCCAUCGCCGUCACCAACGCCAUCGCCCAACUCAUCAAAGCCGCCACCGACUCACAAAACGAAAUCGUCAAAGAAGGCCGCGGCUCUUCAUCCCGUACGGCCUUCUACAAGAAAAACAACCGCUGGACAGAAGGACUCAUCAGCGCCGCGAAAGCUGUCGCUACAUCCACAAACACAUUGAUCGAAACUGCAGAUGGAGUUAUUUCAGGAAGAAAUUCUCCAGAACAGUUGAUUGUCGCGUCGAAUGAUGUAGCGGCUUCGACGGCACAAUUGGUGGCUGCUUCGAGGGUGAAAGCUAGUUUCAUGUCCAAGACGCAAGAUCGAUUGGAACAGGCCAGCAAAGCCGUGGGGGCGGCUUGUCGAAGUCUGGUGAGGCAGGUUCAGGAUAUUAUUAAACAGCGACAGAAGGAUGAUGGUGACGCGGUGGAUUAUGCUGCUUUGAAUCCUCAUGAAUUCAAGGUUCAGGAAAUGGAACAACAGGUCGAGAUUCUGAAGUUGAGAAAUGCUUUGGACGCAGCGAAUGCGAGGUUGAGUGAGAUGAGGAAGAUCUCAUAUCGUGAUGAUUAGGAUGGAGUAUAAGGAAGGUGGUUUGUGAUGAUGCGGUGUGGUGGGAGUGGGCUUUGGAUUGGUGGUGAUAUGGCAUGGCAUGGCAUGGCAUGGCAUUGUAGGGGUAUAGGUAGUUGAUUGUGCAGGACUUCCUACAUCUACAUAGUCAUAGGAUGUGAUGUGAUGAGUAUCUUAUCUAGGUACUUUCCUUACCUCUCUGUCUAACGAGAUACUCGCUUAAUGGGCGAUUUCUGGUCGAGGCUAUGCGGUACAUUACCAGGUACAUGGUACAUGGUGACAUGAUGGACGAUGCUUUUUAGUCAUCGAAGAUCAUCAUGGACUAUGUAAAAAUCAAGUCGAAAUAGUUACCUAUCUGGUAUCGAGUAUCUUCCAUUUC